AUGGAUGAAUUUCAUAUUGACUUUCAUCAUGGAGGAUAUUUCGUUAAUGACAAAUAUAUAGGAGGUGAAGUGUCAAACUGGAAGUGUGAUGGUGACAGAUGGAGUUACUUUGAAAUAUUGGGGGUUGUCAAAGAGAUAAAGUAUCCAGGAGUUCAAGAAAUUUGGCAUGACUUUGUUGGAACAUUGAAGGCGCUGGAAGAUGGUUUUGAUUCUGACUAUGCAACUGAAGAUUUAGAAAGUGAGGAUGACAUUAGUUGUGAACAUUCACAUGAGGAUGAGAAUGUUAAAUACCCAUCAUUUGUCAUGCCUAAGAGGUUUAAUCACUAUAAGUGGGUAUUGAGAAGCUUUUUCUCAACAAAGAGAGAGCUCGAGGAAGUUAUUGCAAGUUAUGUUGUUCAUAAUGGAAGGGAUUUAAGGUGUCUUAAGAAUGACAAUAUUAGGGUUAGAGUUGGUUGCAAGGAAGGGUGUGGAUGGGUGGCCUUACGUUCCAAAUUUCCUAAUGCGGGUACAUGGCAAUUGAGAACACUUAAUGACAAUCACACUUGUAAUAGAGAGUUCAAUGUUAAAAUGUUUAAUUCUAAUUGGCUUAGGAAGAAAGUGUAUACAACAGUUAGAAUCAACCCUAAUGUGAAACUGACAGCUAUAUGUGAAAAAGUGCAUGAGAAAUGGAAUGUUGGUAUGAGUAGGAUGAAAGCUUAUAGGGAGUGGAAUACGUCAUUGAAUAUUGUUGAAGGGUCAUUCAAGAAGCAAUAUCAUAGAUUGUGUGACUAUGCACAUGAGUUAUUGAGGUAA